AUGGCUGCCACCAAGUGGGAAAUAGGAAUCCUCUUCCUCACUCAGCUGGGAGUGGGAAUCCUUGCAAACGCCUCUCUCCUGUGUCUUUAUAACUUCACACUUCUCACUGGACACAAGGUGAGACCCACAGACUUGAUUCUCAAUCAACUGGUCUUAGCCAACUCCUUGGUGCUUUUAUUGAGAGGGAUCCCUCAGACCAUGGCAGCCUUUAGAUCAAAAUAUUUCCUGAAUGAGACUGGAUGUAAACUUCUUUUCUAUUUCCAUAGAGUGGCCAGAGGGGUUUCCCUCAGCACUACCACACUUCUCGGUGUCUUUCAGACCAUUAAACUAUGUUCCAAUUUCUCUAGGUGGCUGGAGCUCAGAAUAAGAUCCCCAAUGUUCAUUGGUUUCUGCUGUCUCCUUUGCUGGAUCCUGCAUCUGUUGGUAAAUAUUUUUGUUCCUAUCAAAAUGAUUAGUCCUAUGAGUGGCAAAAAUUUUAGUGUGAGAGUAAGUUAUGUAUACUGUUCCUCACUCAAUCCAGACAGAUUUCUCCAAUUUGUGGUUGUAGCAAUAUUCUUCAUAACUGAUUUUGUGUGUUUGAGUCUCAUGGCCUGGGCCAGUGGCUCAGUGGUCCUUUUCCUACUCAGGCACAAACAGCGAGUCCAACACAUUCACAGCCACAGCUUUGCUCCCAGACCUUCUCCCGAGGCCAGGGCCACUUGUACCAUUUUGAUCCUUGUGAGUGCUUUUUUCUUCUUUUACUCACUGUCUUCUCUUUUGUUUGUUUGGAUGACUCUAUUUGCUAUUCCAGGCCAGUGGCUGGUGGAUGCCUCCAUGUUUUUGUCUUCGUGUUUCCCAACAUUCAGCCCUUUUGUGCUCAUUUUCAGCGAUACUCGCAUCUCUCGGGGCCUCCAGGGGGCGCCCGCCCGGGUUCCGGGAGCGGCGCAGGCCGCGAGCUGCCCCGAGGGCGCCCCGAAGGACAGCAGGGAGCUGCGGGGUCCUCCCGGCAGGGCUCCCCCGGAACUCUCAGGAUCCAGGCUCCGGGUUUCCGCCGCGGAUCCCAGGGGCGAAGGCCCCUCCCACUUCGGGCCCCAUACCUGGCCUGUGUGCGCGGAGGCCAAAUCCCGAUCUUUGCGGGCGACCCGCGGGAGGCGCCCUGUUGGCUGGGGUCCGGCGAGUUCUCGGCCCCUGUCGGCGGAACGGACUGUACACUUUGCCUAA